AUGGAGGCAGGAACUUGUAAUCUUGGCGCAGCGAUGGAUUCAAGCAACCCGUUGCUGAGAGCGGUUUUCCUUCGACGACUGAGGCUCACUCGGCUCCUCCUGGAGGGCGGAGCUUACAUCAACGAGAGCGACAGCCAAGGCCAGACGCCACUCAUGGUGGCCUGCAAGACCAAGUAUGUGGACUCCCAGAGCGCCAGUCGGGGUAUGCUCAUCCAAUUCCUCCUGAAGAAAGGAGCAGAUCCCAACAUUCAGGAUAAGGAAGGCCGCUCUGCGCUGAUGCACGCCUGCCGGGAGCAAGCUGGAACUGAUGUGGUGGCCCUCCUUCUGGCCAGUGGAGCAGACCUCAGCCUCGAGGAUCAAUCUGGGACAUCAGCGUUGGUCUAUGCAGUCAUGGCUGGAGACUUGAAGGUGCUGAAACUUUUGCUGGACACAUGUAAGGCCAAGGGGAAGGAGGUGAUCAUCAUAACUACGGAAAAGAUUCCAAGUGGAAACCUGUCAGCCAAGCAGUACCUCAGCAUGCCUCCAACUGGUCUCGAUGAGCCGACAGAAACGGUCACACCAACAGCUCCUGCAUCUCCGUCUGAAGUUCAGCUCAUCACUUCUCCUCAGUACGCCUCGUCUUCUUUACACCCCCCCAAGCCCGUGUUUUCUUUCAAAGAAGGACAGAUCUGUGGUGUCAGCUCCCACCCGUGCUCCCCAUCUCGGUUCCGAGGACUCGGACCAGCAGCAUCUAACGGAGCGCAGCAGCCUCUGGUGCGGUUAAACUCUGAGCCUUGGAUAAAGAUUCCAGCAUCUCUGCUUUCCCAGCAGCCUCUGGGGCCCCUCAACAAGACGGAUAGUUUCUCCUUCAGAAUCCCCAAACUGGACGAGGAUGGGCUCAGUGACUCCAAAACGUUCAAAUGUUACGAGGGAAGGCUAAGAAAGGAAGGAGGUGCAGAAGGAGGUGGGGAGAUGGAUUGUGCCAAACAUGGAGGACAAAAUGUUUCUUUAUCCGGUCUCCUGUCGUCCCACUCUGCCUCCCACCCCAACCUGCAUUCUGAGAUCCUCGGGGCAGAUUCGGUUCCCUCUUCCUCCGCCCUCUCAGGUGGUAAAAGCCUCGGCACAGCCAUUCACAGCAGCGCCUCAACGAGCCUUCGUAGUGUCAACCAGAUGUACAAACUGGGCGCAGACGUCUACGGUUCUGACCCGCAACUAGCUGUAGCGCUCCCCGAAGAACAGAAACCCAGAACCUCAGCAGACAGCAAGAAACUGGCACCGUUGCGCUGCUCAAGUACAACGGGCUCCAGGGACCUCCCGGCAGGACAGAACAGAAGAGUGGCUUCUUUCUACGAGCGCAGAGGGUCUGGAACGUUCUUACUGGACCACAACCUUCAGGCGAGGCCCAGAUCCCUGCCUCCUCUUACCAACACCUCCGUCCUCGCUGGUUCUAGCCCAGACAACGGAAGCUGCUUCUCCGAGAGAGAGUUCGGCCAAAGGAGCUUUCUUCCCUCGGCUCCACCCGGACACCCUAAAGAUCUGAGCAGAAGGUUGCUGCUGAGGAGACACUCCAUACAGACCGAACAGUUCAAAACGACAACCUGA